AUGUGGUCAUAUAUCCAGAGCAGUCUUCUCUUGCUCUCACCCUUUUUGCCUUCCUCUCUCGUCCCUUUGACAGAUCACCAUCCACAUCAAAUCCAUUAUCACGGUCCACUGACUGAUGGUGGAAUAUGGCAUGAGGCAUAUGAAAGAUCGAAAGAUGUGGCAAAGGAGAUGACACUCGAAGAGAAAGUAAACCUCACCACAGCAGUGACUGGACCAUGUCAAGCUAAUUCAGGGGGUGUUCCUAGACUGGGUAUCCCAGGAUUAUGCUUCAAUGACGGACCUGCGGGACCGAGAUACACGGACUUUGUCACUCAGUGGCCUUCAGCAUUUACCGCUACCGCAUCGUUCGAUCGAGAACUGAUAGAAGAGAGAGCGAAAAGGAUAGGGAAGGAAUUUAGAGGGAAAGGCAUAAAUGUCGAACUUGGACCGGUUACUGGAGGUCCACUGGGUAGAUCACCGUAUGCUGGGAGGAAUUGGGAAGCCUUCACUCCUGACCCUUACCUCUCUUCCACCGUUUCAUUCCUGACUGUAAGAGGGAUGCAGGAUUCUGGACUUAUCACGUGCGCGAAGCACUAUAUCUUGUACGAGCAGGAACCGGUUUGUGAUGGACCCCUUGAUGGUGAGGGAGGUAGGACCGGUUGUAGGGACGUAUCUAGCGAAGUCGAUGAUAAAACGAUGAAGGAAUUGUAUCUACCUAGUUUCGCCGAGACUGUUAGAGCUGGGACUGGUGCAGUGAUGUGCUCAUACAACAAGAUCAACGGAACGGCUGCUUGUGAGAGUGAUGACGCAUUGAAUAGGAUACUGAAGGAUGAGUUGGGUUUCAAGGGAUUCGAUUUCGGAGCUACACACUCAACGUUGCGAUCAGCUCUAGGAGGAAUGGACAUGGAAUUGCCGGGCGAGUACUUUUAUGGUCAGAGACUUCUUAAAGCAAUCAGAACAGGCUCAGUACCAGAAUCAAGAUUGGACGAUAUGGUUCACAGAAUACUUACACCUUGGUACGCAUCUAAGCAACAUACCGACUAUCCUCAAGUGAACUACCAGAAACACGACUUAUCUGAUUCGAAAGAAGUAAAUGGACAUGUGUUCAGGAAUGAGCACCGUGAUGUUAGGGAGGACAAUGCAGUAUACGCAAGAAAAGUAGCAGCCGAAUCAACCGUAUUGCUCAAAAACUCGGGUAUUCUCCCCAUCAGAGGAAUCAGAAGAAUAGGAGUUUUCGGUACGGAUGCGGAUUACCCGUGGACGUUGAGUGGUUGUGGGCCCGAUCUGUUCUGCUUAGUAGGAUCAAAGCGAAGGUAUUGGAAUGGUACAGUCACCAUUGGUGGUGGUUCUGGAGCUGCUUAUGCAGAUUAUAUUGCCGCACCGAUAGAAGCUGUUACACUAAAAGCACGCCAACAAAGUAUCCGAGUCGAUCAUGUCUUACAAGACGAUGCGGCCCAUUUUGGAUCCAUAGGAUGGAUAGCCUACCAAUCUGAGAUUUGUUUAGUUUUCGUCUCGUUAUUCUUAGUGGAAGGUUGGGACAGGGAGCACCUUAGAUUAGAUAAAGGUGGCGAGGAAUUGAUCAAGCAGGUUGAAAAGAAUUGUGCAGGGGAGGUCGUAGUGAUACUACAUGCAGGAGGCCAGGUCAUCAUCGAGGAUUGGAUUCACUUACCUAAGAUUGGGGCAGUGUUGUUUGCUGGAUAUCCCGGUCAAGAAACGGGAAAUGCCUUGGUCGAUAUUUUAUGGGGCGAUAAAAAUCCUUCUGCAAAACUGCCUUUUACUAUGGGUAAGUCGCCCAACGAUUGGCCAAAGGAUAGUAUAGUGAGGCAUAUGGGUAAGGGUGCAUAUCCUAUUGCCAGAUUCACGGAAGGAUUAGCAAUCGACUAUAAAUGGUUCGACAAGCAUAAAAUCACACCAAGAUAUGAAUUCGGAUAUGGGCUGAGCUAUACGAAGUUCGAAUUUUCCGGAUUUGACAUCGAGGAGAGAUACGAGAAGGACAGAGAUACCGUACAGAGGACAAAUGAGAGAUAUGAGGGAACGAGAGGACUGUAUGAUACUUUAUUCGUUGCUAGAGUGAAUAUCACGAACAUUGGUGAAGUUCCUGGAGCAGAGGUGGCUCAACUUUAUAUGUCAUUCCCGAAAAGCGAAGUCGAACAACCGCCGAAUCAUCUUAGAGGGUAUGCAAAGAAAUACCUCGAGGUAGGACAGAUGGGCACUGUGAAUUUCCCUUUGCGCAAGAAGGAUUUAUCAGUCUGGGAUGUAAGGAAACAACUGUGGAAGAUACCCAGAGGUACUUUCACUUUCAGAGUUGGGAAUAGUUCGAGGGAGCUACCUGUGAAAUUGACGAUUGAAAUUGAUUCAUCCUAUUGA